UUCAAUUACAUUUUUAAAUAAAUACUUUAAAUACGAUACUACUUGAAAAAAAUUUUUUUUCAUUACUUAAAUUCAUUUUUUUACAUUUCAAUUGAUAAUGGUUGUGCUAAGAUAAUGUAAAAAAACAUUGACGUGAUCGAUAAUAAUAACAUUAUAUCAAUCAUCAUGAUAUUAUCGAUUGACGGUAAUUUUACAGAAUAUCAUCCAAAAGUACAUCAUUCAUUAGGUACAUUAUAUAGUGUUGCACCAAUAAUUAUUUUAAUUAUUGGAAUACCCGGUAAUUUAUUAUCAAUGGUUAUUUGGUUAAGACGUUUAUCUACAACAGUUGGUUCAACAAGUUUAUUAAUUGGUAUAAUGUGUAUGACUGAUACAUAUGUUAUAGCACAUGGUUGCUUAAGACAAUGGAUAAUUGGUAUAACCAAUGAAAAAGUGGAUAUACGUAUUAAAUUUGGCUGUGGUAUACCAUUACUCUUAUUUACUUUUUCAACAGAUUUAUCAACAUGGAUAAUCAUUUUAUUAUGUAUUGAAAGAGCUGUAUGUGUUUGGACUCCAAUCAAAUUUAAACAAUGGUGUAAAUUAGAACAUGGAAUAACAGCUUUAAUUUUUGUUGUAUUAUGUUUGGCCGGUGUGAAUAUUCAUUAUGUAUGGACUGUAUAUGUAAAAGAUAAUUCAUGUGCACCGAAACAAGAAUAUAAAGCAUUUCAUUUAUAUUGGCCGUAUAUUGAUUUUGCAAUUUAUUCAUUUAUUCCAUUAGCUUUCAUACUACUAGUAAAUAUAAGUAUUAUAUGGAGAAUGAAAACUACAAAUGUAUCAACAAAACAUACACAAAAUUCAACCAUACCAAGGGAAACACUUAUAAGUGAUAGUUCAAAACAAAUAUCUUUAAAGUCUACAGCUCGUGAACAACGUUCUGCACGUGUAUUACGUACAGUAGUUUGUAUGACUAUAAGCCAUUUUUUAUUAACAAUGCCAGUAGUAUUCUUUUAUUUAUUUGAAUCGAAAUUUUGUAUUGAUAAUAAAGAUUGGAUUAAUGUCUGUGAUACUAUUGAAAGAGUAACAGUAAUAUUACAAAUGAUUAAUCAUAUGACACAUUUUUUUAUUUAUUCUUGUACAUCAAGUGUAUUUUUAUCAGAUUUAAAUCGUUUAUGUAAAAAUCAUCCAUUGAAAUGUUGUCAAUCAGUAAAUACAACGAAUACUCGACUUAUCAAUACAUGUAAUAAUCUUGUAGAUAGUCAUACAGUGAAUUGUUCACAAGCAUAACCAAUAUGAUUGAUAAAUUAUCAUCAAACUAGAAAGAAUAAAAGAAAAAUGUGGAACUCUUUCUAUUGAAUCUGGUUAAUGUUGAUUGAUCAAGGUUCGUACUAUUUAAAAGAAAGCCAAUUACAUUGAUCUUUAUUCAUAUUAUUUGUUUACAACAUUUAUAAAGUUAAUAUUAUGUCUUUUGAAACAAGCUAUAACAUUCAUUCUAAGUUGUGUGUAAAAAUGAAUGAAUUUACGUGAAUAUAUAUAUAUAUACAUAUAUAUUGAGUGUUACUUUCUACUAAUUAUCGUUUUCUAUUACGUAUUUGACAAUUACAUUUGCUUACAGCUCAGCUUAGACGAAAAGUUGGAAUAAUACGUCUGAUAUCUGUCAAAUCAAACACUGGGUCCAGUUUUAUAUCCUUGCUAUAAAAAACUUGUACUGAAUCAACUUCCUGCAAACUGAUCGAGUAAACAUCCAAGAUUCAUUGCCCACUAAAUAAACUAUUUAACUGAAGAGAUGUAACAAGUAGUGGCAUUUAAACAAUUUUAAUAAAAGGUACGUUCCGAUCAGAACGAC